UAUUGUUUAUCUCCAACGUGAUGACGAAGGAGAUGGAGAAGGAGAAUUGAGCUCGUCAUCUUACGGUAGCGUAAUCAGCAAUGACUGUAGCUCUGGGCGUGUCUUCUUUAGGCUCACUCUUAGCGCAUUUACCUCGGCAAUUAGUUGUUACUUCCCCUGAAGUUUUGCGAGCACGUUCUUUUUCAAAACUGGGCUUUCAUUCUUUGCAGUUAAAGAGAGCUUCGUCCCCAAGAAGGUUCGUAAUUCGAGCUGCCAGAAUGGAGUCCACAAGGGUCACGCUGGGUUUUAGAGCUCCGGAAUUUCAGCUUCCAGAGCCUCUCACUGGGAAAACAUGGAAAUUAGAAGAUUUUGAAGGAUAUCCAGCCCUUCUGGUUAUGUUUAUAUGCAAUCACUGUCCAUUUGUCAAACACCUGAAAAAAGAUAUAGUAAAGCUUACAAAUUUCUAUAUGCAGAAAGGACUUGCAGUCAUUGCUAUUUCUUCAAAUUCUGUGACCACACAUCCCCAGGAUGGACCAGAAUUUAUGGCUGAAGAAGCUAAGCUGUUCAACUAUCCUUUCCCAUAUCUCUAUGAUGAGACCCAAGAUGCAGCAAGAGAUUUUGGAGCAGUCUGUACACCGGAAUUUUACCUUUUUAAAAAGGAUGGUCGGAGGCCGUUUGAGCUAGUUUAUCAUGGGCAGUUUGAUGAUUCACGGCCCAAUAGCAAUGUGCCUGUCACUGGAAGGGACCUGAGUCUGGCGAUAGAUCGAGUUCUUAGUGGCCAGCCAGUACCAUCAGACCAAAAGCCCAGUAUGGGAUGCAGCAUAAAGUGGCAUCCAGGGAGAGCGUGAUAAUGUCGAGCUGCGAAAAUCUCUCUCAAGAUAUUUAUUGUUCCUGUUUCAUUUCAUCACCUUGAUUCCAAAAAGUCCUGUUUAAAAGGCGAAAAUGGUGUGCUGGUUUGGUUUCUCCUGCAUACUGUAUCUGUAUGUAGUGUAACUUAUUUAACACGUAAAUACUAUAUGUUAAGGAGAUAGGCUUUUAGAGAGUUCCGGGCUCCCGUUCUGUCAUGAAACAGUUGUUUCUGCCCCCCGUUUAUCAGUACAGGGCUCUAUGCUAUAACCAUGAGUUCUAUUUUGUAAUUCUUGUGGAAAUUGUCCUCUUAAUAGUUUUUUUUUUUAACUAUGAAAACUUGAUGCAUGGUGCCUUUAGAGCGCAUGCGGGACAGUUGUAUCUCUGUUCCGUACAGUCUCUCUAGUUAUUAACGUUAUAUCUUUGUCAAA